AUGCCCCAAUGGGGAAGACCAUCAGGUGCGAAGGGGAGCAGGAGGAGGAGACAGCAGGAGCAGGGUCAGGGACAUUGGCAGCAGUCGCGUGUCGAGGAGCUUGAUAGCGAGGGUGACACAGAUACACAAGGCGUUGGGUUACAUUUGGGCGAGAAACGAUUUGCAAGCGACCCGCUUCAUUUUACGGGUAUAGAUAUUUCUUCAAACACGAGGCCUAGGAGGGGUUAUUCUUAUGACGAGGCUGAGAGAUCUUCCGAAUCUGAUUCUGAAUAUUCGGAUUACUAUGAGGGCGAUGACAAACAAUUGGCUUUGCGAGGGGGCAACGAGGAAGCAAUAGUACAAGGUGCUCUAGCUCAAAUUCGACGUGCUCAAGAUAAAGGAAGACAAGAUGUGAAGCUCACCCAAGAAGAGCUUGACGCCCUGGAACGCCGACGGAUACGUAUGCAAGCUGCUGCCGCCGCGAAAGCUGCCAAGAAGGGAACCGGACCAACUGGAAUUGGAGCGGAAAAGAAACGGCGAAGCGAUCGAAAGACUGUUGAUAUUGCUUCUCUUAUAGACCCUAAGCCAUCUAGUGAACCAAAGAAAAGAAAGUCGAAAAGAAAGUCCGGUAGUUCUUCACACAGUACUACGGCCGGACCUGGAAUCAUUGUUGAUGGACCAAAUGGAUCUUCAUAUACUCCAAUUGGUGGUUAUCAUCCUUCGGAUAGAGAAACAUCUCGUUCUCAUUCAUCAGCACGUCACGAUGGCCAUACACCCCCAGGUACGAGUCGACAUUUCUCUGACGGCAUGCGGCCAACUUCUUCUCAUAACAACAAUCCUCGUCGUUCUUUGCCAGAAGAGGAAAGCUGGAAUCCUACCAAUAACAAGCGGACUUCUCUUUCUUCUCAAUACCAUGUCGCUGAUCCCUUUGAUUACCAGGUUUCCGCUGAUCAGCUCGCACCCAUUCCGCAGCAGUAUAUGCACCCAUCUCCAGGUCGUCGUAAUCAUUCCGGUCCCGCCGAAAUCUCUUAUACCUCUGUGCGACGCAGUCCACCACAAGGCUAUCCUGCCACAGAUAGAGCCCCUUCCGAUUCAUCUCUCAGACAUCGCAAUUCUACUCGGGGCGAGAUUGACGUCAUAACAAUUCCAGAUAGCAGCGAGGAAUCAGAUUCGAGCGAUGAGCUAGAAAAUGGUGUGCAAGUUUUCCUAGAACAACGAGAGCCGGAACGAGAGCGGGUUGUUCCUAGGAGACCUGUUAGUGGUAGUGGGAGUGGUAGAAAAAAAGGCAAGGGAAAAUAA